AUGCAGAGGGGGAGGAGCAGUGCCGAGGGGGGAGGAGUCAGUGCCAAGGGGGAGGAGUCAGGGCAGCAACGAAGGAGUCAGUGCAAAUGGAAAAGCCAGGUCAGUCAGGGCAGCAUAGGAGGAGUCAGUGCUGAGGGGGAGGAGUCAGUGCAAAGGGAAAAUCCAGUGCAGAAGAAGGGGACCUCCUGCCCCAGCCUCCUGUCCCAGUCUCCUGCUCCAUCCUCCAGCCUCCUUGCCCAGCCUCCUGCCCCUGCCUCCUUCCCCAGACCUGCAUCAUGUAAACAGUGGUUGUGUCUGUCGCUGCAGCAGAAGUCUGGCUCUCGCCCCGGGGGUCACGACACAUCAGCCGCCUCCUCACAAUCUCCUGUGACUGCUGCGGUCAGGCCUCCAGGCUGUCUCCUCACACAGCUCUCACUCCUCCCCCCCUGCCCAACCUCCUCUCCCCCUGCCCAGCGUCCUCUCCCCCUGCCCAGCCUCCUCUCCCCUUGCCCAGCGUCCUCUCCCCCUGCCCAGCCUCCUCUCCCCCUGCCCAGCCUCCUCUCCCCUUGCCCAGCGUCCUCUCCCCCUGCCCAGCCUCCUCUCCCCUUGCCCAGCCUCCUCUCCUCCUGCCCAGCCUCCUCUCCCCCUCUCACUCCUCUACCCUUGCCCGGCCUCCUCUCCCCCUGCCCAGCCUCCCAAAAGACCCUCCAGGGGCACGGACUCAGCCACACCCUAAAUCCACCCCCGACUCUGCACGAGCCCGAGCUGUGGUCAGACGGCUGUAAUGACUUCAUCUGCAAGUGUCUUAUCAAGGACUUUGAGCUGAGGCCUAAUGUCAUUGACCUGCUGCAGCAUCCCUUCAUCAAACAGAUCACAGGCAAAGAGAAACUCCUCCCCAAACAACUCAUCGAGCUCAUCGACCUCAACCAGCAAACAGGAACCAUCGAGAAAACACGCCCUCACGGAAACACAGACAGAGACGGGACGGACAGGCAUGAACGCAUCCACACCAAAAAGGGCAACCACAUGAAGAACCAGGGCGACUCCGACGAGGUGGAGGAUCUCGCUGCUCUGGAAGUGCUGGACGAGAACACCGUCACGGACCACCUCCAGAAUCGCUUCGAGAGAGACUUGAUCUACACCUACGUGGGAGACAUUCUCAUCGCCGUCAAUCCAUUUCAUCCCAUGGACAUUUACACUGCGGAGAACUCAAAGAUGUACAUCGGAGUAAAACGCAAAGAAAACCCGCCGCAUAUCUUUGCCGUGGCAGACAUGGCGUACCAGUCCAUGGUCACGAUCAAUGCAGACCAGUGUGUCGUGAUAAGCGGCGAAAGCGGAGCUGGGAAAACCGAGGGCGCUCAUCUCCUGGUGCAGCAGCUCACGUUCCUCGGAAAGGCCAACAAUCAGACUCUGCAGGAGAAGAUUCUGCUCGUCAACAACCUGGUGGAGGCUUUCGGAAACGCAUGCACCGUCAUCAACGACAACUCCAGCCGCUUUGGGAAAUACUUAGAGAUGAAGUUCACCGCUGGAGGAACCGUGGUGGGGGCUCAGAUCUCGGAAUACCUCCUGGAGAAGUCCCGUGUGAUCCACCAAGCCACCGGCGAGAGAAACUUCCACAUCUUCUACUACGUGUACGCCGGGCUGGCAGACCGGAAGAAACUCGCCCACUACAAGCUCUCUGACAACAAAACACCCAAGUACCUGUUUAAUGAGCACGUUAAAUUAGGGCCUGACAUCGUGAGUAACGCUUCGUACAAGGAGCAGUUCGACGCCGUGGAGCAGUGUUUCAAAGUCAUCGGAUUCACGCUGGAGGAGCUGGGCAGCGUGUACAGCAUUCUGGCCGCUAUCCUCAACUCUGGGGACAUAGAGUUUUCUGCUGUGGUCACUGAGCACCAAACAGACAAGAGUGACAUCACCAACGUCGCGGCGCUGGAGAACGUUGCCUCUCUGUUGUGUAUCCGCUGUGACGAGCUGCAGGAGGCCCUCACCACUCACUGCGUCGUGGCUCGUGGUGAGACCAUUGUGAGGACCAACACGGUGGAGAAGGCCACGGUGGUGAGGGACGCCAUGAGUAAGGCCCUGUACGGACGCCUCUUCAGCUGGAUCGUCAACCGCAUCAACUCCCUGCUGCGACCGGACAGCGGCCAGCGAGGAGAGAACGAGCAGAACCUAAACAUCGGGAUUCUGGACAUUUUUGGCUUUGAGAACUUCAAGAAGAACUCCUUUGAACAACUGUGCAUCAACAUCGCCAACGAACAGAUCCAGUUCUACUUCAACCAACACAUCUUCGCCUGGGAGCAGGACGAGUACCUGAACGAGGAGGUGGACGCUCGCAUGAUCGAGUACGAGGACAACAGGCCACUGCUGGAGCUGUUCCUGCAGAAGCCUGUGGGUAUGCUCUCUCUGCUGGACGAAGAGAGCCGCUUUCCACAGGCCACAGACCAGACACUCGUAGAGAAGUUUGAGUGUAACCUCAAAGCCAAAAGUUUCUGGAGACCGAUGAGAGUCGAUCACGGCUUCGGCAUCACUCACUAUGCAGGAAAGGUCACGUACAACGCAGCUGGAUUUUUGGCGAAGAACAGAGACACGCUCCCCGCAGACAUCAUCCUGUUGCUCCGGUCCUCAGAGAACGAGCUGAUCUGCAAACUGGUCACUCACCCUCUGACCAAAACAGGUAACCUCGCUCACACCAAGGGCAAAGGCAUGAACACACUGCGGAGUCCGCGAGGAACCACCCGCACGGUCAACCUCACAAAGUCUCCUUCUCUGGGGUUAGAGUCCUGCCCUGACAGUAAAAGCUUGCUUGAUCUACCAUGUGACGACUUAUUGCACAUGCAAACGUCUGACGGAGACACGCCUUACCAUCCGCGAGAAACCACCAACAUGAGAACGCAGACCGUGGCCUCCUACUUCAGAUACUCCCUGAUGGACCUGUUGUCUAAGAUGGUGGCGGGACAGCCUCAUUUUGUGCGCUGCAUCAAGCCCAAUAACGACCGGCAGGCGAACAACUUCGACAGGGAGAAGGUGCUCCUCCAGCUGCGCUACACGGGGGUCCUGGAGACGGCCAAGAUCCGGCGCCAAGGCUACUCCCACCGCAUCCUCUUCGCCAAUUUUAUCAAGAGGUCAGUCCGACAGUCGUGUGGAGAAUAUGUGUGA